AUGCCACGAUUAUUCAUUAAUCAACAAACUAAAACUAAUACGAAUGAUGCUUUAUCAUCAGUUAUUGAUACUUAUGCUGAUGCUAUACUACGUACAUUUGCUUCUCUUAAACCACCCUCAUCAAUAACAUCAGUUACUUAUCGAAAAUAUCAUCAAUCUCAUUCUCUUCUACCAACAGUAAUACACGAUUCUUUGGAUAAUCAAUUAAUAUUAAGUGAAACAUCAUCAUUAUCAUCAUCAUCAUCAAUUGAUGAAAAUCAAUUCAAAUUCGAAACACAUUUACCAGUAGUUACAAGAAAAACUAAAUCAUUAAAAAAAUUUAAACGAUUAAUUUCACGUUUGGAUAAAAUUUAUAAUAAAAAAAAAAUGUCAACUAAAACUUUACUUCCAUCAUCAUCACAUAUAACUGAUCGUUAUUUUUUUCGAUCAUAUCCAUAUAAUACAAAAAACAAAAGAUUAUUAUCAAAAAAUAAAUUAGAUACUACACCACCAUUAUUAAGAAAACGUUAUAAAUUUUCUUCAACAAAUACUGAUCAAUAUAAUACUAAAAAUAUUUAUAAAUUUCCAACAAAUCAAUUUGAAAAACGAUCACAUUCAAUAGAUCCUAAUCGAUAUUAUUUUCCAUUAGAUAAUUCAAUUAUAAAUUCAAGACAAAAAUUAACAUAUCUACCAAAAACUAAUGAUUUCGAACAAAAUUCAAUUACAUUCAUGGAAGGUACAUCAACAUUUAUUUCUGAUACACCUUAUCUAUUUUCAAAAACAACAGAAACACAACAAUAUCCAAGUACAACAUCAACAUAUGUUCAUUCACAAGAUACGUCAAAAUAUCAACAUCAACCAUCUCAAAGAAUAUUAGAUGGUGUUUCAGAUUCAUCAUUUCAUACUUCAAUUAUAAGUCCUGACUUUCGACAAACAAGACGAUUAGAUACUGUAACAUCAACAAAUGGUUCAUUAUCAAAAAUAAAACGACCACGAACAGAAAAAACUACAGUUGUACAUUUUGAACCAUCAUAUUUAACUGAAGCACGUGAACGUUUAUCUACAAAACAAAAUGAUCAAUUACCAGAAUCAUUUGAAAAAUCAGUUGAUCGUCUUGUUUCAUCAGUAAAUAAAAAAUAUGGACAACAACAACAACAACAAAUGGUUUCACCAUCUGAUUCAUCAACAUUAAAUUAUAUAAGUCAAUAUUAUAUAAAAGAUGAUCAACCAUUAAUUGAUUAUCCAUUAGAAAUUGAUGAUGAACAAAAAAGAUAUUAUUAUAAUUUAAAUACAAAUCGUACACAUACACAAAUAAUGAAAAAUUUAAAUAAGAGUUUAAUUGAUCGUAAUUAUCAAAUAGAUAAAAAUCGUUUUAAAUCUUUUCAACAAAAUGUUCGUCGUUGUUUACGUUCAUAUGAAAAUCAAUCAUUACAACAUGAAUUAAAUUAUGAUUUAUUACGUUGUUUUUCAUCAUCUUAUUUAAAUGAUUUAAAACGUGAUAAUAUUCGUUAUAAUCAAACACGUAAUAAUAUACAUUCAUAUACAUAUGAAGAUAUUCAAGAUAUUCAUAUGCCAUCAAAAUUAGAAGCUUAUAAAAUGAAAACAAAUAUUGAUAGAGAAAAAUGUCAUCGUUUACAAAUAUCAAUAACAACAGAACCAUUAUCACCAGUAUCAUCAUCAGGUUUUAGUCCAGUUAUGAUUGGAAGUUUUAAUGAAAAUUUAAAUACACAAUCGACAGGUUUUGAAACUGAUCGAAAAUCGUAUAUAUCGAUUUCUCAACCAGUAACAAAUACUCGUGUAAAUGUUGAUCUAUUUUAUGAAAUAAUGCAAGAAAGUUUUCUUGGUAUUGAUGCAUCUAUUGCUGGUCAUGUAUCCAAAGCAACACAAUUUAAAAAAGAAAAACCUUAUCAAUAUCAAAGAAAAACUCGUCAUACUGAUAGUGAUAUUGAUAUUCAAACAUAUUCAUCAAUUUGGUCUGACGAUGAUGAUGAUGAAUUAUAUGAAAAUCAAUAUCAUAUAGAACAAGAUAAUCAAAGACAAAUAAAUUUAAAUCAACGAAAAAUUUCACGUUAUCUAUCAACAGUUAAUCGUUCAUUACUAGAUCGUCCAAGUGAUUUAAUAGCUGAUUUUUAUCUUUCACAAUUAAAUCGUAAUAUGCAAGAUAGUGUUCGACAUAUUGAAAUAAUAGCACGUGAUAAAGCUCAUAAACAAGAAUUUAUUUAUGAUCAUAAGAAUAAACUAGGUCGAAGUUUAUCAGCGGAACAUUUAUAUGAAGUACGUAAAGAACAUAUUCGUUAUAAACAAUCAUUUAAAACACCAACAUCAUUUACAACUGAAGAUGUAACUGAUAUUUAUAAACCAUUUGUAUUAGAAAAUUAUAAAAGAAAAAUUGCUAUUGAACUUGAACGACGUCGACGAGUACGACAAGAACAAUUUAAUUUAGAUAUUUCUAAUUCACAUGUGUAUAAUUCUGAAAUAGAUUUAACUAAUAAUUUACUUAAAUAUUCUCAUCCACCAAUUAUUGAUAUUCAUCAUCAAUCUCAUGAUGAUUUUCUUACUGUAUCACCAUCAAAUGUUCUACAAACAAAUGAAAUUAUCAUGGGUCGUGCACGUCGAACAUUAAUUGAUGAUGGUAGUAAUGAAAUUAUUCAACAUGUUGCUAUUGUUUCACCACCACCAGUCUAUUCUUUUUUUAUACCAUCAUCACAAACAAAUACAACAUUAACAACAAUGAUUAAUGAUCAACAUGAAAUUCCACAUAUAACAACAAUUGAUCCACCAGAUCUUAUUGAUCGAAAACAAAUCUAUAUUUCACAACAAGAUCAUAAUGAUGAAAUUAUUGAUAGUGUAUUGAGUACAUCACAACAGGUCAUUGUAUCACAUCCUCCAUAUCAUCCAAAAACAAAAAUCUAUACAUAUAUUACUCAGUUGCAAACAAAUCAAAUCAGUCAUGCUAAUGAAAUUGAACCUGAAUCUAUUGAUAAAAAAUUAUCUACAAUUACUAUAAAACCUAUUAUAACAUUAAAUCGAUAUGAAGUAAAUCAAUUAAAUGAAUUCUUACAACAAGCUCCACAUUUUCAAAUUCCUCAAAAUAAUUAUCAACAUGCUAUGCUUGUCUCAUCUAAUCAACCACUUUCAUUAGCUGUUCAUUCAAAUAAUGAACAAAUUACUCAAUAUAUUGAACAAGAACGAAUACUUGAACAUAGUACUUCAACAAUUCUUAGAGAUGAACAUAUGGCUAUAGUUCAAGAAGAAACUCCCAUAUUCGAAAAUGUUCAAAUAACAAAUUUAUCGAUAUCAUUGAAUACACCUGUAAAUGAUAUAUUACAUGAUAAUGAUAUUUCUCUACAUGUUUGUCAAAGUAAUCAACAACCAAUUAUAUUAAAUUCAUCAUGUACAAAUACAUUAGAACCAUUUGAUGAACAGGAUACUAAAAAACAUAAAAUUUUAUUGAAUGAAGAAACUAAGGAUAUUGAUGAACAAUUGCCUGAAUAUGAAAAAGUUACCAUUACAAAUGAAAUUUCAUUUGUUAAUCUAUUUACACAACCAUUAGAUAUUCAAGUAUUCGAUGAGUUUGUUUCACUUGCUUUGCUUCUUGAACAAUCAACUACUACUAUAGAUAAACAACAUGCUAAACAAAUAAACGACGAUAAUCAUGAUGGAAAAUUUUAUGAAAAAGUCAAAGAAAAUAUUCGUAUACCAAUUAUUAUCGAUAAUAAAGAAUGGAAUGAUGAAUAUAUUCAAAUAAUUUCUAAUGAAUUUCAAUCAAAUAUAGAAAAUGCUCAACAUAAAUAUAUCGAAAAUAUUCAAUAUGAACAAGUAAAAAUAAAUCUACCACAACAAUAUAUUACUGAAUCUAUUAUAAAUAAUCAAAUAUCUAAAGAAUUACUUAAAAAUUCUUUUCAACAACAAUUUAUUGAUUAUGAUGAACAAGCUCUAUCUUUAUUAGAUGAUUCUUAUCUAAUACAACAUCAACAACAAGCAAAUAUUCAUAUUGAUGAACAAUCUUAUUUAAAUAAUCAUAUUCAUUCUGAAAAUAUUUUAACAUUAAAUUAUCCUAAUCAUAAUUAUAAACAAACAUAUAAAAAUUUUCAACAACAAAAAAAAAUUCUAAAACAAAACAAUGAAGAAUUAUUAAAAAUUUCAUCAGAUCAUAUUGACAAAUGUUCAAUUGAUUCUCAAAUAUCAUCAUUUAUUGAUAUGGAAAUAUUUUUAAAUCAUUUUGAAGAAUGUCUUGAUCAUGAACAACAUUUACCUUUAAUCGAUCAAAUAUCUCUUUCUUAUGCAACAUCAAAUACUGAAAGAUGUGAACAAAAAAAACGUGCAUUACCAAUUGAAUGGUUUAAACCUACUAUUAAAUCAUACGAUGAACAACUUGUCGAACAAUGGACUGUUGAAAAAGAUAUCGAUACUAUUCAACAUGAGGGUACUUUACAUCGACAAGCAAUUGAAUUGUUAACUAAUACUGAGGGUGUAAAUUUUCUUACAACUAAUAUAUUUCCUAUGAAUGAAAAAUUUCAAGAAAAUAAUUCAACUUCAAUAAAUAUACAAGAAAAUAAUAACAUAACAGAUAUUCUUACACAUUGUUCUCCAACAAGUGACUAUGAAACAGAUUCAAUAGACAAAGAUAACGAUACUGUCGUCUCAAAUAUUAACAAUGCUGUUAUCAUUCCUGUAACAUCCACAAUAAAUAUUUUACCUUCAUCUUCUAUCACAAACACAACUUUAUCAUCAUCAUCACCAUUACCAUCAUAUACAGCAUCAACCGUACCUUUAGUCUACUUUCUUGAUGUAUUAGCAACUGAAAAAAAUGAAAUAAAUAAUCCAACAAGAAAUUUUCUAUUAACAAUUGGUUUUGGUCAAAAUGAAAAUAAUAAAACAAUGAAUGAAGCAACAAAUAUUAUUUCAACAGUUAAUCAAACACAACGACCAACAUGGAUUAAUCGUUCAACAGAAUAUAUUGAAACUUUACCAACAAUUAUUCAUCAUGAACAAGAAUCUAAAAUAUCUCCAAUACAACAACAAAUUUAUUUUGCUACUGAAAAUCAACUUGAUGAAGAUGAUACAGCACUUUUAAUUUAUUCACAUCGUUUACAAUAUGGAUAUGAUUUAGGUGAUAAUAUACAAGAACCAUUAAGUUCAUUUUUUGAAUCAUCAUAUAUGCAUGUACCAAUAAUAAAUGAAAUUUAUAUAUAUCAAAUAAGUUUUCAUAAUGAAUAUACACUUUUUCAUCCACCAGAUAUAUUACCACAUGUGCUUGCUUUUAAAACACAAGAUGAUGAAAUAAUUUUACCUACUGAAUAUCAAAUAAAUCAACCAGAAUUAUUAUCUUUUGUUCAAUCACAUGAUCUAUUCGAUAAUGAAGAAGAUAUUCAAAUACUUUCAUUUAAACAUGAUCAACCAGCAUAUAUAGAACAUUAUCAUAUUCAACCAUUAUAUCCUUUUCCUGAAACAUGUUAUGCUGAAAUAAUUCAACCUAAUUUUAUUAUAAAAAAUGAUGAUGAUUCAUUAACACAUAUUCUAGCAAGAAAAUAUGACAAAUAUGAGAACGAAUAUGAAUUAAAUCAAUAUGAUCAAACUAAUUUAAUGCUACAAAAAGUUGUCAAUAAUCAAACAGACCAUGAACAUUGGAAAUUAGAAUUCCCAACAUCAAUAAAACCCUUAGAAACCCUUGAUUUACUCUUACAUUUGAUGAAAUAUUUUAAUCAUGCUUUUACUCAUAGAGUCGAAAAAGAAAAAAGAAAAAUAUUUGUUAAUCAUCUUUACCUUGAAAAAAAUAACAUAACUUGA